GUUUCACAUGACACGCGCUCAUCGUCGUUGAUAGUAAACAUGGCCGCUGUUCUCCCUUCGAGAGCUUGCGAUAGCAACCCUGCAACUCCGGGCACACAAUCAUUAAAGGAUGACACAGAAGACAAUUCUAACGAUGGCAGUCAGGCCCCCAAGAGACGUCGAAUGGGAUCUGGAGACAGUUCCAGAAGCUGUGACACCUCCAGCCAGGAUCUUGGGCUCACAUACUUCCCAGCAGAGAACCUGGUUGAGUACAAGUGGCCCUCAGACGACAGUGGGGAGUACUACAUGCUCCAGGAGCAAGUUAGCGAAUACCUGGGAGUCACUUCUUUUAAGCGUAAAUACCCAGAUUUGGAGAGGAGAGACCUUUCUCACAAGGAGAAAUUAUACCUGAGGGAGCAAAAUGUCAUCACGGAGACACAGUGUACCUUAGGACUUACUGCUCUGCGCAGCGAUGAGGUCAUCGAUCUGAUGAUGAAAGAGUACCCUGCCAAACAUGCAGAGUACUCUGUCAUCCUCCAGGAGAGAGAGCGCCAGAGAAUCACGAAAGAGUACUCUCAAAUGCAGCAGCAGACCUCUCAGAAGGUGGAGGCCAGCAAAGUACCUGAGUACAUCAAGAAAGCAGCGAAGAAGGCCGCGGAGUUCAACAGCAACUUCAACCGAGAGAGAAUGGAGGAGAGGAGAGCCUACUUUGAUCUGCAGACACAUAUCAUACAGGUGCCUCAAGGGCAGUACAGAGUCCUUCCCCCAGAAAAAACCAAGACUGGGCCCUACCCAGUAGCCCUCAUCCCUGGCCAGUUCCAGGACUAUUACAAAAGGUACUCUCCUAACGAGCUGCGCUACCUCCCGCUGAACACGGCCCUGUACGAACCCCCUCUGGACCCUGAGCUGCCUGCCCCCGACAGCGACGGAGACUCCGAGGAUGGAGAGGAGAACCGGGAGGAGGGGAAGAAGAACAAGGGCUCCUCAGACAGCUCCUCUGGGAACACGUCGGACGGAGACAGCCAGGACAGCGGGGCCCAGGCCAAAGGGAAGAGCAAAGAGAGAGCAGGGCCCCCGGCUAAAGACGCCCCCGCCCGCCCCCUCCAACACAAAUCUGCCUCCGGGUACAAGCCUAAGGUCAUUCCAAAUGCAAUAUGUGGCAUAUGUCAGAAGGGUAAGGACUCCAACAAGAAGGGAAAGCCAGAAGCACUCAUUCACUGCUCCCAGUGCAGAAACAGCGGUCACCCGUCAUGUCUGGACAUGAGUGUGGAGCUGGUGGCCAUGAUUAAGACCUACCCCUGGCAGUGCAUGGAGUGUAAGACCUGCAUGGUGUGUGAGCAGCCUCAUCACGAGGACGAGAUGAUGUUCUGUGAUAAGUGUGACCGUGGCUUCCACACCUUCUGCGUGGGGGUGGACUCUAUCCCACUGGGUUGCUGGGUUUGUGAUUGUUGCACCAAGGAAUUUUCAACCCCAAAGAAAAAAGGAGGAACAAAAACUCCAAAAAAGUCACAUAAAUAGGGCUGUGGGAUUGCUGGAGCUUAGGCAGAUGGAGGGAUUGGAUUGGUGGAGCUCAGGCAGAUAGAGGGCUGUGAGUGGUGGAUUUCAGGCAGAUGGAGCAAUGGGAUUGGUGGAUUUCACAUGGCUGAAGGGAGAACAGAGAAAAGGGUGGCAGAAAGCUUUUUUUAAAACUGGUGCUUUUAAUGUUUGUCACACUGUUUUGUACCUCUCAGGUUUAAGCACAAAGUCCUUAAAAUCAUGUAUAUAUUGCUUUGCUUUGUUGCAUUUACAACCGUAACCAUGGAAUUGUAUUUAAUUUUCCGAAUAAAUGGUGCUUUUUUUUGUUUUUUUACUCA